UCCUUCACGGUGCAGAGGAGCGUGGAGCCCAAGGUGCGGGUCUCGGCGCUGCAGUCGGGCUCCCUGCCCGAAACGGACCGCCUGGCGUGCUACGUGACGGGCUUCUACCCGCCGGAGAUCGAGGUGAAGUGGUUCCUGAACGGGCGCGAGGAGACGGAGCGCGUGGUGUCCACGGACGUGAUGCAGAACGGGGACUGGACGUACCAGGUGCUGGUGGUGCUGGAGACCGUCCCGCGGCGCGGGGACAGCUACGUGUGCCGGGUGGAGCACGCCAGCCUGCGGCAGCCCGUCAGCCAGCCUUGGGGUAAGGCCCCCGGCCCCCG